AUGAAAGGCCCUUACCCCGAGAUCCAGGGCGGCGGCUCGCUGAUCCUGGCCUGGCAGAUCCGCAACAAACGUGUCUUGGUCGUCGGCGGCGGCGAGGUGAUCAAGGUUGCUGCCGGGCGCAUCGUCAACGUCCUAAACGCCGACGCCAAAAUCACCGUCGUGUCCCCCCGCGAAGGCCUCAAUGACGAGGUCGCCUAUCGCAUCGACCAGGGCCAGGUCGAUUAUGUCGACCGCAAGUUCGAGCCCUCGGAUCUCGACGGUGUUGACAUGGUCCUGACUGCAGUGGAUGACCCAGAGGCCUCGUCGCAGAUCUACAAGCUGUGCAAGGAGAGGCGCAUAGCUGCAAACAUCGCAGAUGUCCCUCCCGAAUGCGACUUUUACUUUGGUAGUGUCCACCGCGACGGGCCUCUGCAAAUCAUGGUCAGCACCAAUGGCAACGGGCCCAAGCUCGCAAACAUUGUCAGGAGACAGAUCGCCGCUGGCCUCCCUCAUAACAUUGGCAAUGCUGUCCAGAGAGUCGGCAUGUUGCGAAAGAAGCUCAGAAAGGUUGCGCCCGCCAUAGAAGAAGGCCCCAAGCGCAUGCAGUGGAUGUCCAAAGUCUGCGAGCAAUACUCACUCGACGACCUUUGCGCCAUGACUGAAGAAGACAUGGAAAUGCUGCUGGGCUUUUAUAAGCCAGGCACUGUUCCCUCGCUCGAAGCAGUCCGCCUCCAAGAGCCAGACGGAGCCUACGAUGGGCCUUUUCUGAUAUGA